CACUGCUACCCUUCUGCAUAAGUGGAUCGUCGCUGGCAGAUCCAACCCAUCUGACCAAACCCCCCUUAUUUUGUCCAUUAAAUAAAUAUAUGUCGGAGUUUCUUCUUCUAACUUAUUCGUAGAUAGAGAGAUGAUGGCGGCGGUGAACCACGUGGACUUCGAUCCUCCGUCGCCACGGCCGCCGCCGCCGACCAUGGACGAGCUGGAGACGCUAGCCCUCGACGACGACGACGACGACGACGACGACGACGACGACUCUUUCUCCCCUCAUCUCCUCUCCACCGUCCCCGUCGCCAUCGACAGCGGAGAUCCACUCCUCCGUCCCUGCCCUCCUUCCUCCUCGUCGUCCUCUUCCCUCUCCUCGUCCCCCACCGCCGCCUCUGUCGCUGUUUUCGAGUCCCAAAACGGCGUCGGCGGCGGACGUGGCCGAAGUGGCGCCGCCGCCGCCGCCGCCACACCACCCUCACCCAGCCGCGCCGCCGUUGCGACGGAGUUUGUAGGCAUCGUCGUCUCCGAACCCGAGAAGGCGCACGAUCCCACAGCGUCGUUGAUGUCGGGGUCGAGCACCUUCGUGACCUACCUUAUCACGGCCCGCGCCGCGGGCGGGGGCGGAGAGUUCCGCGUGCGACGGCGCUUCCGUGACGUGGUGGCGCUCGCCGACCGCCUCGCGGAGGCCUACCGCGGGCUCUUUGUGCCGGCGCGUCCCGACAAGAGCGUGGUGGAGGGGCAGGUGAUGCAGAAGCACGAGUUCGUGGAGCAGCGCCGCGCCGCGAUCGAGCGCUACCUCCGCCGCCUCGCGGCGCACCCCGCGAUCGGGCGGAGCGAGGAGCUCCGCGCAUUCCUGAGGGCGCCGGGGAGGCUUUCGCUGCCGCCGCUGGUGAAUGAAAUUGCAGCGAAGCCGAUCGCGAAGGAGAGCGGAGCGGCAAAGCCGAUGGGAAAGGGGGGGAGGGAUCUGUUCAGGAUGUUUCGAGAGCUCAAGCAGUCGGUGGUGAACGAUUGGGGCGGCCGGGUGUCUGCCCCGGAAGUGGACGAGGAUAAAGAGUUCUUAGAGAGGAAGGCAAAGUUACAGGAAUGGGAGAAGCAGCUCAGCUCCAGCUCCCAACAGGCUGAAACACUUGCUAAAGCACAGCAGAAUAUUGGAGAAACUAUGGGUAAUUUAGGAUUGGCAUUUAUGAAGCUGGGAAAGUUUGAAACAGAGGAGACAACAUGUAGUUCUCAGAGAAUAAGAGCUGCUGAGAUUAAAAAAUUUGCAACUGCUGCACUGAAGGCUAGCAGAUUAAACCGAGGAUUUAAUGCAAACAUAGUUAAAUAUCUGGAUACUCUCCAUGAGUACUUGGGUGUAAUGCUAGCCAUUCACAAUGCUUUUGCUGAUCGCUCUAGUGCAUUACUGACUGUACAAACACUUUCAUCGGAUUUGUUUUCAUUGGAAGCAAGGGCAGAAAAACUUGAAGCUGCAUCCUCAAAAACUUUUAGCUUGGAUCGUACUAGAUCUCAUAAAAUAGAAGAGCUGAAGGAAACAAUAAAAAUAACAGAAGAUGCUAAAAGUUGCGCACUUAGAGAAUACGAACGUAUAAAGGAAAACAACAGGAGUGAGCUUGAAAGAUUUGACAAAGAAAGACAUCGCGACUUUAUAGCAAUGAUGAAAGGGUUUGUAAUUUGUCAGGUGGCAGCAAUCUAUAACCCCCAAACUGAAAAGAAAGAAAAGAUUGGAUACUCGGAGAAGAUGGCAAAUGUGUGGGCAACCGUCGCAGAAGAAACAAAUGGAUAUGCGAGGGGAAAGUAAAUAAAGUGGGGUGUGUAUAAAGUUAAAGGUUUCCCCAAAAGUUCUUUUUUUCGCCGGCAGUCAGACUUAUAGCAAAGAGCUAUUUCACCAAUAUACAUUUUUUGCCUGAGUUUUAUCAAGGCAAUCAUUUGUAUUUGUAAUCUUAUUUAUUUCUGAUAGCACUGUCACACUGUUUAUCGAUACCCUUGAUUUGGAUCGUUACAACAGUAUACAUGGGAUUCUAAUAAGUGGCUUGUUCCUGUUCUCUCUGUUGUACUCAAGAUCGAAGGCAACAGUGCUUGUUUGCUUCUUAACUUUUAAAACUAAUUUAAUCUCUAUUCACGUACCGA